AUGGUUGCUACCAAGCUUGCCCUCGGCGCUGUCAUGGCUGCCUUGACUACCACAGGCUCUGCUGGCAGUCUCAAGAUCAAGAACCACUGCAGCGGAACCGUCAACAUCGUCAUCUCGCACAACGGUGGCUGUGACUAUGGGCAGAGCAAGAAGUGCAUCCGCGACGGUGGCAAGCCUUACCAGAUCAAGAGCAAUGGCAGCACCAGCUUCGCCUGGAUCGGCGACGGCAAGGGCGCCAGCCUCAAGAUCUCGAAGAGCGACCCCAAGAAGAUCUUGCAGUACGAGUACGCCCUUGUCAAGUCUGGCGACUACAAGGGGCUUUACUGGGACCUCAGCGACCUAGACGGCUCCGGCAACGGCCUUGUCGGCACCCCGUUCCGCGGCGACAACGUCCACGUCAAGCCGUCUGGCAAUGGCGCUGGCAAGGGCACCUGCGUUCCGAUCAAGUGCGCCGCCAACAAGGUCUGCCUCGACAGCUACCAGCACCCCGACGACCCCAACACCAAGUGGUGCCCUGUCGACACCGGCGACAUCUGGAUUGCCCUAUGCCAGCCCAACAGCCAGUUCAACUCGCGCGACCUGAACGACGAGGACAUUGAGAUUGUCGACACUACUCCUCCUCAAGAGGGCGAGGCGCCGGUUGACGACUCCGCCGCCCCCGUCAUGCCCAAGAUUGUUCUGGACUACUUCCUCCACCACACCGAGGAGCCCAGCUCGCCUGCCGCCGCGAAGGUCAGCCGCGCCUACUACGCUUAG